AAAGCUACAUAAUAAUAAAUACUUCGACCGUUCAUGGCGGUGCCGUCGUAAAAUUCCGGCAUAGAGAAGAAGCAUCCCAUACUCACUCAGCUUCAGCUCAGAGAAAAAUGGAGGACGGAGAAGAAAUCUAUGACGGUAUCAGAGCCCAAUUCCCUGUCACUUUCGGCAAACAAUCCAAGGCACAAACACCUCUCGAGCUCAUCCACAACACCACUCGUCGCGGCGGCCCCACCACCACCACCACCACCACCGACGGAAAACCCUCCUCCUCCUUUUCUUCUUCUCCCUCCGUCAUAACCAACGACCUUCCUACUGUCUCAUCUUCCUCCAAGUCCUGGCUCCAUUCUCUUCGCAAACCCAAAAAUCAGAACCCUAAUUUCGACGCUGAAGAUGACGAAGGCGGGGAUGUUAUGGUUGGACCGCCUCGGCCAUUGCCGGAGUCCAGUUCUGGUGAUGGUGAGGAUGAGGAUGGUGAAAUGAUUGUCGGACCGCCUCGGCCACCGGCUGGGUUGGUUCAGAGUGAUGAGGAUGAUGAGAUUAUUGGACCUCCGAAACCACCUCCACGGUUUAAUGCCAACGAUUCUGAUGAGGAUGCUGAUGAUGAAGAUGAUAUUGAGGUGGAGAAUCGCUUUCGGAUUCCAUUGAGUAAUGAGAUUGUUCUCAAGGGCCACACUAAGGUUGUUUCUACCCUUGCCAUUGAUCAUUCGGGUUCUAGAGUACUCUCUGGCAGUUAUGACUAUUCAGUCCGAAUGUAUGAUUUCCAAGGGAUGAAUUCUCGUUUGCAGUCCUUCAGACAGUUAGAACCAUCUGAAGGUCAUCAAGUUCGGAACUUGAGCUGGAGCCCAACAGCUGAUCGAUUUUUGUGUGUGACUGGCUCAGCUCAGGCUAAGAUUUAUGAUCGGGAUGGACUCACGCUAGGAGAGUUCGUGAAGGGCGACAUGUAUAUCCGUGAUUUGAAGAACACUAAAGGCCACAUAACUGGAUUGACUUGGGGAGAAUGGCACCCUAAAACUAAAGAAACAAUAUUAACUUCCUCAGAGGAUGGAUCAUUGCGCAUAUGGGAUGUUAAUAAUUUUACUAGUCAGAAACAAGUAAUCAAACCAAGACUCGCGAGGCCAGCUAGAGUUCCAGUUACCACAUGCACUUGGGAUCGUGAAGGCAAAUGCAUUGCCGGUGGUAUAGGUGAUGGUUCUAUACAGAUUUGGAACCUGAAGCCUGGAUGGGGAAGUAGGCCAGAUAUAUAUGUGGAAAAAAGUCACACAGAUGAUAUUACUUCACUUAAGUUUUCUAGUGAUGGACGUACUUUAUUAUCAAGGAGUUGUGAUGAUUCUUUGAAGGUUUGGGAUCUGCGCCAGAUGAAAGCACCUCUUAAGGUGUUUAAUGAUCUUCCUAACCAUUAUGCUCAAACAAAUGUUGCAUUUAGUCCUGAUGAACAGCUUUUCUUGACUGGAACAUCCGUUGAAAGGGAGAGCACAACUGGAGGUUUGUUGUGCUUCUUCGAUCGAGCUAAACUUGAGCUUGUUUCAAAAGUCGGGAUAUCGCCAACUUGCAGUGUUGUUCAGUGCUGCUGGCAUCCAAAGCUAAAUCAGAUAUUUGCCACCUCUGGAGACAAAAGCCAAGGAGGAACUCACAUACUAUAUGAUCCUACAAUUAGUGAAAGGGGAGCUCUUGUUUGUGUUGCACGGGCACCGAGGAAGAAAUCUGUUGAUGAUUUCGAAGCUAAACCAGUCAUACACAAUCCUCAUGCUCUACCUUUGUUUAGAGAUCAGCCAAGCCGUAAACGUCAAAGAGAGAAGACAUUGAAGGACCCUAUGAAGUCUCACAAGCCUGACCUUCCCAUGACAGGACCAGGAUUCGGUGGGAGAAUUGGUACAAGUCAAGGAAGCUUAUUAACUCAGUACCUCCUCAAGCAAGGGGGUAUGAUCAAGGAGACAUGGAUGGAUGAAGAUCCAAGAGAAGCUAUACUGAAGUUUGCAGAUGUUGCAGCUAAAGAACCCAAGUUCAUCGCCCCAGCAUAUGCAGAUACACAACCCGAACCAGUUUUUGCCAAGUCCGACUCAGAGGAUGAAGAAAAAUAAUCUGACUAAUCUGCUUGUGGUUUUCUAUAACGACCCCCUUGGCGAGAUAAAUUCAGAAGGCUAGUUAGAGCUAGGAUAAGGUUGAUGCCUCACACCGAUAGCCCCGUCUUAAAAAGAAGAAACACUUGGCAUGGUCAAAUCGAAGCUUCGAGUGAGGAACACAGAAGAGUUUUUUGUCUAUGCUUGUAUAAUUGUUUGUUGGUAAAUGCCGUUUCUAACCGAAAUUUUGAUUGAGACCAUGUAUGUACCACUUGAUUUGGCAUAUUUCUUUUAACACAAUAAAAAUAUAGAUGUGAAGAAGAGGAAUUCAGCUCUUUUACCCAAUUAUUUGACGAAUAAUGCUAUAUUAUUAACAAAAAAUGUAUACUUUAUGUAUUUAAUUUCUAUUAUAGUAUGGAGAUUUGACUGUGUCAAA